AUGCUGCUAAAGCUCUUGUUUAUUCCUGUUAUUAUCUGUAAUAGGUUGUUAAGACUUAAACAUAAGGAUGGUCAGUAUGUUACCAACAGCAAAGGAGUCUUGAAGCUUGAAUUACCAAUGCUACCAAGUCUAUCUGACCAGCGUGUCGUGGUUCACAACCGAGUUUUAUACUUCUUCAAAGACGGGAUAUAUUACACACUGGCAAUGGUACAUGGGGAAUUAGAAAUCAAGCUGAUUGUCUAUAAUGCCAUGAGUGAGAAGGGGAUAGGGUUUUCUUCCAAUCCAACUUUUCGCCCACGCAAGAGAAAGAUAGAUCCGUUUGGUUAUCUAUCUCAUGCAGGCCACCGCGACAACCAAAGCGACGGCGAAAAAGAAAAAGAUAGCCUUCUAAGUAACAAAAGGAAGCCUGGUUUGGAAAAACCUCCCUUUCGAAAUGAAAGGCUUUCACCUCAGAAAAGAAUCGAGCGAGUGUCAAAGAGCAGGCCAAGAGAUCAUGAAGAAUACAGAGGAAGGCAAGAGACCUUGGAUGGCAAAGAGGCCCAUCAAGCAAAAAAAGACAAGCCUUCUGAAGUAGAUACAGCUGAAAGAAAUAAUAAGGUGCUUAAAGAUGGAUUUGAUGAAACGGAGGCUCUUGACGGUAGCGAUAAAGUCUCUGGAUAUAACGCUCCUCCACUACGAUUAGAAGUGGAGACGAGUAGCACCUUACGAAGUAUAAGGUUUCCAAAGAAAACAGAUUCGCCCCGGAGAUUUUAUGUGGUUGAAAGUGAUUCGAAAAUGGAUGAACGCGAGUUUGGGUAUAUUAUAAAGAAUGUUGUAGUCUCCGAGGUGGAUAAUCAAGGGCACUUUACAUUAAUUGGGGGAAAUGAUGCUUGUGUAACAUAUUAUAAAGACUCAUUCGUCUUUAUGCCAUGCUCGCGUGCUCCCGAACAAAUAUUCAAGCUGGAAAGUUCUGAGGAGAUAGUGAAGAAGGGGAAAUUCUUGGGUUUGGGAAAAGAUAAGGUAGUUGAAAAUCAAGAUGCUGUUAUUCUUGAUUCCACUGAUAGCGAGGAUGAAAGGAAGGAGGAGCUCUAUAAAAACCCUCAAGCCCUGCCUUAUUCUCUUAAAAGUACUGGUCACGAUAGUAGUAGCUUUGGAACCCCUAAUAUCAAAGUAGGCUCUAAGGACAGAGCUCGAUACCUUGACGGAAGCCUGGAUAAAGAGAAUCCUCAUGUAGACUAUUUGAAGAGAAAUGGCCGAGAUGAUCUCUCCAGGGGUGCCUUACAAUUUGAGAACAGUCACAAAUCUUUAAAUAUAGAUACAAAGCCUACAAAAACAGCCACUGGCGUGACGCCAAUUUCCAAUCCGUCAACUCAGGCGAGGAGCAGUAGGAAAGGUUCGGAUUCCAAUUCAAAAGAGGCAAACAGACAUCAAAAACUGAACCUUGAUGAUGAUUUCAUAGACAAGUUCAGAGAACUUCUGACAAACAGCGACCUCAACGACUUUGUUUAA